AUGUGCAUAAAAGAUCUCACACGGGGGAGAAGCCGUAUUCCUGUACUGAGUGUGGAAGAGGUACUGUUCUACAUACAUCUUAAUGUGCAUGAAAAAGAUCUCACACAGGGGAGAGAAGCCGUAUAUUCCUGUCCUGAGUGCGGGAAAUGUUUUUCACAGAAGUCCAUUCUUUACACACAUCAGAGAUCUCACACAGGGGAAAAGCCAUAUUCCUGUCCUGAGUGUGGGGAAAUGUUUUUCAGUGAAUUCAGUCUUCAUCGACAUCAGAGAUCUCACACGGGGGAGAAGCCAUAUUCUUGUCCUGAGUGUGGAAAAUGUUUUUCACAGAAGUCCAAUCUUCACACACAUCAGAGAUCUCACACAGGAGAAAAGCCAUAUUCCUGUCCUGAGUGUGGGAAAUGUUUUUCAUGGAAAUCCUAUCUUCACACACAUCAGAGAUCUCACACGGGGGAUAAGCCGUAUUCUUGUUCUGAGUGUGGAAAAAGGUUUUUCACAGAAGUCCAAUCUUUACAGACAUCAGAGGUCUCACACGGGGAGAAAUCACUUUCUUGUCUCUGA